AUGGUUAACUUUGAUCUGUCGCAGGUUGGUGCGACGUUCAGGAAAAAGGAGAAGGAUAAGUAUGCUGCCACGCAAGAAACGGAGGAUGACGAGUUGGACGCUUCUGAGUUUGAGGACGAUGAAGUUGUCCCCAAGAAGGUGUCCAAUCGGAGACCUAGAGAGGACAACUUUACGCAACAGCGUAUUGCUGCCUUCAACCCUGUUAUGACACCUAAGACUGUCCUCCCUAUCUAUCUACUCGUGGCUGCAGUUUUCGUCAUUGUUGGUGGCUGUCUGCUGGCGGUCGCAUCCCGAGUGGAUCAAUUUACCAUAUACUAUCAGGACUGUGUCACUGCUGCUCCGAAUGGGGACUCGUUUGCCGAUAUGCCCGAGGAUCAUUAUCUCUUCGAGUUCCACAAGAACAAAACAUUUGCAGUAGCUCCGCAAUGGCGAUUUGUCGACGACGCUGCCGACGAUGCGGCAGAGAGAGGCACUUGCCAAAUCCGGUUCACGAUCCCAAGCGAAAUCAAGAAGACCGUUUAUAUCAACUACAUGUUAGAGAAUUUUGCUGCUAACCACAGAAGGUACGUCCUUUCGUUUAGCGAGGACCAAAUUGUCGGUAAGGCGGCCUCUUACUCCGAUAUACAUGACUCUGCAGGUAUUAACUGUAAGCCUCUGGCGAGAAGCGGGGAGAACGGGAAAUUGUAUUACCCUUGUGGUCUAAUCGCGAACGCAAUGUUCAACGAUACGUUCCCCAUGGAACUGACGAACUUGUCGGACAACUCUAAGAACUUCCCGCUGACGAACAAGAAUAUCAACUGGCACUCGGACAGGUCUCGUUUCAAGAAGACAGAUUACCACUACCAGAACAUCACGCCGCCACCUUACUGGAUGAAACGGUACCCUGACGGGUACAACGAGACCAAUGUUCCAAACAUCCAAGAAUGGGAAGAGUUCCAAAACUGGAUGAGACCCGCCGCCUUCCACAAGAACACGAAAUUGAUUCGCAGAAACGACAACGACACGUUGGAGGCUGGGGAGUACCAGAUCGAUAUUGGAUUACACUGGCCCGUGACCGAAUUCAAGGGCAAAAAGGGUAUAUACGUGACGCACGGCUCGCAGAUCGGCGGGAAAAAUACUUUCCUGGGCGAGGUAUACCUGAUCGGCGGCUGUAUCUGCGUAGCAAUGGCUCUCGUGCUGCUGCUCGUCUGGAUGGCCAGUGGGCGCAAAGUAGCAGACCCGAGCGCAUUAUCCUGGAACCAGCCUCGUUAA